AUGGACGAUUAUUGCGAGAUGAAUCACUCCAGCACUGACGCUGCGGAGCUGGCUGAAGGAUCCCACGAUGUUGAGCAUGUGACCCUCCGGUCCCUCACCGUGGUUGUGUCCCUCUGUGGACUGGCGGGAAAUGGAAUCGUGAUCUGGUUUGUCCGUCUGUCUCACAAGAAGACCUCCUUCCUCAUCUACAGCCUCAACCUGGCCAUCGCGGAUUUCAUGAAUCUCAGCUUCCAGAUUCUGUUCUCUGUCCGCCAAAUCCUGAAGCUGUUCCUCCACCGCUGCUUUGGUCUUCAUGCCCUCUUUAUGGUCCUGAGGUGGUUCUUCUACCUCACUGGCCUGAGCAUCAUGACCGCCAUCAGCUUCCAGCGCUGUCUGUCCAUCCUCUUCCCUAUCUGGUAUCGGUGUCAUUGCCCCAAGCACCUGUCGGCCAUCGCCAGCUCCCAGAAGCAUCAGCCCAGAAAGCUCUACCUGGUCCUCCUGCUCUCAUUCCUGGGCUUCCUCUUCGACCUGCCCCUCAGUAUCAUCCGGUUCUAUACAACUGAGAAAAAAAAUCCCAUCUUUAAUGACAUCUGUGUCCUCCUGUGCUGCGUCAACAGCACGGCCAACCCUGCCGUUUACUUCUUCAUCGGGGGCCUUCAGAGGGAGCGGCCCGCAGAGAGCCUCAAGGCAGUCCUUCAGAGAGCCCUGGGUGAGGAGACAGAGGAUGCCGAGGACCAGAAAGUGAUUCCAGCGGGCAAGACGGAGAGCGUGGGCCUCUGA